AUAUUGCACUCUGAUUUUGAUCAGCGUCUCAAAACUAGAAAAGAUGUUCCGGAUGCUCUAAAAGAGUAUUCUGAUAAAGUGUCAUCUUUUUGUUUGAAUUUAAUUGUUGAACAAUAUUUUCUAAUGAAAAAAAAUGAAUAUGAUGUAAAAGAGAUGGCAUACACCUAAAACCAAAUCUUGUCAUAUCCCAUCAAAAAAUAUGUCAUCUGUUUCUUUUGCACCUGUUAAGGAAAGAGUACUAACUCACACUCAGCGAUACCAGACAGUAAUGUCAUAUUUACAACCAAUAGCUUCAAUUCUUGCAGAUCUUCCUCCUUCAAGUUUUGUUAGUGUAUUGGAAUGGGUAAAAACGUUGGAAAAUCACAGUCGCACCACUCAAUGGAUGUCAACAAACCCAAAUAUCCAAAGUAAUGACUCAACAGAUUUAAAUAUAAGGAACUCUUCCGAAAUUGUAAUUCAAGAUGAUGUAUUAGGACUUGAUGAUAUAGAAGAACGAUUUGACUUUUCAAUUCAUCAGAAAGAGUCAGAGCAGUGCAAAGAAGAACCAAAUGAGCAUGAAAUUCAAGGAAAAGAAAUUGACCAAAUCAAAAAUGACGAAAUUCCAACAAAGUUAUUUAGCCAGCUAACUCUUUUAUUAAAACCUAUUGUCAGAAAAUCUUCAGGCAGACCAUUAAACUUAAAGCAGCGGUUCUUUUACCAUGCACCUAAAAAGUAUGAAAAGUUGCGCCCAAUAGAUAGACAAAUUUUAACUUUGCGAUGGUUAGUGUCCGAUGACGAUGCUAAUAAAGCCAUAAAUUUGUGUUCAAAAUUGUCAACUACAUCAUUGAAAUCAGUUGUUGAUAUGCGAGCUGCUGAUCCUAGAGUCGAUAUUCAUCACUUUAAACAAUUUUUUGAUAAUUCGGCAUGGAUGGCAUUGGAAAACCAAAUCAAAAAUUUAAACAACGUCAGACGAUGUUGUGCUCUUUGCCAUCAGGAAGAUGAUCUAGCAACAACUAUUGUUGGUAAAAAAAAAAAAAAAUUGUUGGCUUCAAUGCGAUAGAUGUUUAUCAUGGAACCACUUUGGUUGCUUAGGUCUUGAGCGAAAACCAAUAAGUAGUUGGUUUUGUGGGGAAUGCAGUUUCUAAAUUUUGAUAAUUUUUAAAUUAUU